GCCGUGGCAGUGGUUGUGGCGAUGGCGAGAUGGAAGGGCCUAGAGAACGGGCACCGGACAAGGGAUAUGCAUGGGUUGUGGUAUUUGCAUCAUUUGUCAUCCAUGUGGUGGUCCUGGGCUUCAUCUACUCGUUUGGUGUUCUGUUUGUCCCCAUCGAGGCCUCGUUUGCUGGCGCGUCCAAGGCCUCGGUGGCGCUUGUAGGCUCGACCGCCAACGCCUUCCUCACUCUCUUUGGUAUUGUAGCUGGGAGAGUCAUCGAUGCCUUUGGCUUCCGCAUUCCUUCGGUGGUGGCCGGCUUGAUCGGCGUCGCUGCGUUGCUGGUGAGCUCGGUGGCAACCUCGAUCUGGAUGCUGCUGGCUACGUACGGGGUGGUCUUCGGCACCGCCCUCGGCAUGGCCUACUUUCCGGCCAUCGUCUCGGUCUCGACCUGGUUCCAGGCCCGACGUGGGACCGGACUCGGCCUCGCGGUGUGUGGCUCGGGGGUGGGCAAUCUGGCCUUUGCGCCGCUGCUCUCGGAGCUCGAGUCGGCGUACGGGUGGCGGGUGGCGCUGCGGGUGAUGGCGCUCUCGAUGGUGGUGCUGGUGGCGGCAGCAAUGCUGCUCGCCCGGCGGGUGCCGCCGGCCAAGGCCCGCAUUGGACUCUCGUUUGUGGCGCUCCUCGGCGACCGGGUCUUUGUCUCACUGCUCGCGGUCUCGGCCACGCUCUCGUACUCGAUUCUGGUCCUCUUUAUCCACAUUGUGCCGUCUGCCCAGGAGAGCGGAGUCUCCAAGUCGCGGGCGGCGCUGAUUCUGGCGGCCAUGGGCGUGGCCUCGAUCGCCGGGCGGCUGGUCAACGGCUUUACCGCCGACUGCCUCGGCGUCCCGCUUAUGCUCCGGGUCGCCGCCGCCGGCAUGGCUGUAUGUCUCGCGGUCUGGCCCUUUGUCUCGGGCUUCUGGCCGUUCCUCCUCCUCGGCUUUGCAUACGCAUACAACGCCGGCUCGUACAUCGGCUUGGCGCCGGCCUUUGUGGCCGAGCUAUAUCCUAUCCAGUCCAUCCCGACCAUCACCGGCUUUACUAUCGGCUUUUCGUUUGUGGGCAUCGCCUCCGGCUCGCCCGUCACCGGCCUACUCCGCGACGCCACCGGCUCGUACCAUGUCGGCGCAUUUAUCGCCGCCGCCGCCUCGCUCCUCUCGAUCGUUUUUAUCACUCUCGCGGUUCGAUUCCAUGCUGCCAAGGUUGCCACCAGCGCAGACCUUGGCACCGACUCUGAUGGCUCGAACCUCUCAGACCAAAGCGCAUCCAGCUACGACGCCCAGGCCGGCGAGACCGACGAUACCAGUGGCGACAGAGUCGCGUUUAAUCCUUAA